AUCCUGUACGUGGUCUCUGGGCGUGGUUCGUGCCCAAGAAACUGCUCCUGUGGGGAGCUGGGUCCUCAUGGCGUCAUCUGCACCGGUGAAAUAACGGACAUCCCCAAGAAAAUCCCAGAUGACACAUUGUAUCUAGCUGUUGAGUAUACAAACAUCUCAGUGAUACCAAAGGGAGUCUUCAACAAUCUGCACAAACUUACAGGUUUGCUUCUGGACGGGAAUCAACUAACAAUCAUAGAACCCGGUGCUUUUGAUGGCCUCACCAACCUGUCACUACUCUCACUCUCAAGCAACCCGGGAUUGUCUCUAGCCAAAGUUGACCCUUCAAUUUUGAAAGACGUGAAGAAUUUGACCAGUUUUCUUGCUAAAGAUAAUAAACUAGAAAUCAUACCGACCAACUUCUUUGCAGAAAACAAAAUGUUAAGAGAGGUAUAUCUAAAAAGUGCUGGUUUGACAAAACUGCAGACUGCCUCUUUUUCAAAUCUUAAGAACCUAGUGAUCGUUGAUGUACGCAAAAAUGAAAUUGACAAUAUCGGGGCCAACAUAUUCACGGGAAGCUCUAAAAUUCAGAGUUUAAACCUCAGCGACAGUCAGAUAAAAUCUAUUGAGCCACACGCGUUCGAAACACAAGCCGAGAUGCUUUUCCUCAUGCUAGACCAUAAUAUGCUGGCAUCUGUUCGUAGCGCUUUUCUUGGUCUUAAAAAUCUUCUAACAAUGGCACUCAAUGACAAUGAUAUUGUUUCCCUCAAUGAGGACGACUUUAAGGAUCUGGUUAUGUUGAAUUCUUUAGAUUUAAGCAACAAUGAACUGAUGGAUACGGGCAAUGCAUUGGCGAAUCUUCGUUCUUUGGGAAGCUUGAACUUGAACAACAAUCGUCUGACGAAGCUGUCUUUCCAGGGCAUGCCUUUGCUGAUAGACAUUUCUGUAAGUAACAACCUUUUGCAAUCCAUACCCGAAAGACUGGACGUUAUAACACAUGCCCGCAUUCUGGAUAUUUCAAACAACCUUAUCCAAAGUUUACCCGAGGGACAAUUUGCAUCUCUUAACUCCCUUCUGAAGCUAGACAUUUCGAACAUUUCUGCAAUCCAAGAUGGCGGACUUGCACCUGAUGCUCUGACCGGACUCCACAGUUUGGUUGAACUUCGGGUUGAGAGAAACGAGCUAAACAAAGUACCCUCUCAGGCACUUUCCGCCGUAAAGCAGAUUCAAAUUCUUAGUCUUAGCCAUAAUAAGAUAGAAACUCUUGACGAAAACGACUUUGUUUCCGUCUCAAACGUAUCUAAUCUACAGCUUGCCAAUAACAUGUUAGCAAAGGUACCCGAGAAAGCUCUUCGUCCUUUCACAAACUUGACCCAACUUGACCUCUCAGGAAAUCCUCUAGUACACAUCUCUGGUUGGUCGUUUGGAAACUCGACAACACUUUCCAGCUUGCGCUUGAGUAACGCCAAACUGUCAGUCAUUGACCCUGCAGCGUUCCAUGGUCUAAAAGGUGUGCAUUCUAUCGACGUUACCAACAACAAUCUAACAUGGCUGCCAGGUGAUCUCUUGAAAUAUGACCGCGCUUUUCCGUUUUACCUCUACGCAGACCAGGGAAAUCCUUGGUACUGCGACUGUCAGAUGAAACCAUUUUCACAGGCCGUUAACGUUCCCGGUCAGUCAGUUAUUACGAAUAUCCACUGUUCUGGUCCUGAAAAGUAUAAAGGUCGAAAUUUGGGAGACAUUCCUCUGGCAAAUCUCACCUGUGACUGUGAGCAUCAAGAAGCGCCCUCUGUCGAUACAUCUGGUAGCGACAACAAGACGACUGUCGGCCACACAGCUAAACUCAAGUGUAAAGUAAGCGGCUGCCCGACGGCCCACCUCUUUUGGACCACCCCAAGGGGGUUUGUGAUCUCUCCUCACCUCUCCGAGUAUACCGGAUAUGACGUACAAGACGACGGAAGUCUCGUCAUCGUGUCUACCGUUGCUGAGGAUGCCGGGAACUACACCUGCACGGCGGCUAACUACCUUGGGAAGGCUGAACAGAGUCACAAGCUUAAGCUAGAUAUCAUUGAGACGUAGUGUUAUGAACCGACUGUGAACCAUGUGAUCAUUCCUACUGAAACCCCCCUAUUUUAGAAGUAGACUAGUCCUGUGAGGCUGUGACCUCAUUCCAUGAGUUGGAGUCUUGGGAGUAACAAUAAAGUUAUGUAGCUCUACAUUUUCCGACGUUUGGUCUCAAUGUAUCUGCAUCAAUAGCCCUACCAUCGGUUCUCAACACGUAGUCAAUAGCGGAAAUGACAAAAUCCUUUGAGUUGAACUAUUUCGUCCAUGGGGUAAUUUUCUUUAAAGCUGUCUAGAUAACUCCCUGUACUAAAUAAGGCAGGGUACGUUGGACUCUGACCCAUCGGUCAAAUAAUCCAGCUUUCAUUGUAAACAAUGGUUAAUGCACCAUGUGACUUGUAUGUUUUUGUAGACCAAAGUCCUUUGUAAUAGCAGUGCACCUUUCUCCUACUUAGAAGCCCUUGAAUAGUAAGAUAUGGCGCUUCUCAUCGUUGUUCUUAUGUGUGUCGUGUGCGUGGUGUCUGGACGGGAUCAGUGCCCCAGAAACUGCUACUGUGGAGAGUUGGGCCCUCAUGGCGUCAUCUGUACGGGUGGAAUAACGGAUAUUCCCAAGAAUGUCCCAGCAGAUACAGUGUAUCUGGUUGUUGAAUAUACAAACAUCUCGGUGAUACCAACUGGAGUCUUCAACAAUCUGCACAAACUUACAGGAUUGCUUCUGGACGGGAAUCAACUAACGUCCAUAGAAUCCGGUGCUUUUGAUGGCCUCACCAACAUGUCACUGCUCUCACUCUCAAGCAACCCGGGAUUGUCUCUGACCAAAGUUGACCCUUCCAUUCUAAAAGACAUCAAGAAUUUGACCAGUUUCCUUGCUAAAGAAAAUAAACUAGGAAUCAUACCGACCAACUUCUUUGCAGAAAACAAAAUGUUAAGAGAGGUAUAUCUAAAAAGUGCUGGUUUGACAAAACUGCAGACUGCCUCUUUUUCAAACCUUAAGAACCUAGUGAUCGUUGAUGUAAGCAAAAAUGAAAUUGACAAUAUCGGGGCCAACAUAUUCACGGGAAGUUUAAAAAUUCAGACUCUAAACCUGAGCAACAGUCAGAUAAAAUCUAUUGAGCCACGCGCGUUCGAAACUCAAGAAGAAAUGCGUUUCCUCAUGCUAGACCAUAAUAUGCUGGUAUCUGUUCGUAGUGCUUUGCUUGGGCUUAGAAACCUUCUAACACUGGCACUCAACGACAAUGAGAUUGUGUCCCUCAACAAGGACGACUUUAAGGAACUAGUGAUGCUGAACUCUUUAGAUUUGAGCAACAAUGAACUGCAAAAUACGGGCGAUGCUUUGGCGAAUCUUCAAUCAUUGGGAAGCUUGACCUUGAACAACAAUCGUCUGACGAAACUGUCUUUCAAGGGCAUGCCUUUGCUGACCGACAUAUCUGUAAGUAACAACCUUUUGCAAUCCAUACCCGAAAGACUGGACGUAAUAACACAUGCCCGCAUUCUCGAUAUUUCAAACAACCCUAUCCAAAGUUUGCCCGGGGGACAAUUCGCAUCUCUUAAGUCCCUUUUGAAGCUGGACAUUUCGAACAUUUCUGCAAUCCAAGAUGGCGGACUUGCACCCGACGCCUUGACCGGACUCCACAGUUUGGUUGAACUUCGGGUUGAAAGAAACGAGCUAAGCAAAGUACCCUCUCUUGCACUUUCCGCGGUAAAACAGAUUGAAAUUCUCAGUCUUAGCCACAAUAAGAUACAGACUCUUGACGAAAACGACUUUGUUUCCGUCUCAAACAUAUCAAAUUUGCAGCUUGCCAAUAACAUGUUAGCAAAGGUACCCGAGAAAGCUCUUCGUCCCUUCACAAACUUGACCCAACUUGACCUCUCAGGAAAUCCUCUAGUACACAUCUCUGGUUGGUCGUUUGGAAACUCGACAACACUUUCCAGCUUGCGCUUGAGUAACGCCAAACUGUCAGUCAUUGACCCUGCAGCGUUCCACGGUCUAAAAGGUGUGCAUUCUAUCGACGUUACCAACAACAAUCUAACAUGGCUGCCAGGUGACCUCUUGAAAUAUGACCGCGCUUUUCCGUUUUACCUCUACGCAGACCAGGGAAAUCCUUGGUACUGUGACUGUCAGAUGAAACCAUUUUCACAGGCCGUUAACGUUCCUGGUCAGUCAGUUAUUACGAAUAUCCACUGUUCUGGUCCUGAAAAGUUUAAAGGUCAAAAUUUGGGAGACAUUCCUCUGGCAAACCUCACCUGUGACUGUGAGCAUCAAGAAGCGCCCUCUGUCGACACAUCAGGGAGUGAUAACAAGACGACUGUCGGCCACACGGCUAAACUCAAGUGUAAAGUAAGCGGGUGCCCGACUGCCCACCUCUUUUGGACCACCCCAAGGGGCUUUGUGAUCUCUCCUCACCUCACUAAGUAUACCGGAUAUGACGUACAAGACGACGGAACUCUCGUCAUCAUGGCUGCCGUCGCUGAGGAUGCCGGGAACUACACUUGCACGGCGGCCAACUACCUUGGGAAGGCUGAACAGAGUCACAAGCUUAAGCUAGAUAUUAUUGAGACGUAGUCAAUAGCGGAAAUGACAAAAUCUUUUGAGUUGAAUGGGGUAAUUUUCUUAAAAGCUGUCUAGAUAACUCCCUGUACUAGAUAAGGCAGGGUACGUUGGACUCUGACCCAUCGGUCAAAUAAUCUAGCUUUCAUUGUAAACAAUGAUUAAUAAUGUACCAUGUGACUUGUAUGUUUUCUGCAGACCAAUGUCUUUUGCAAUAGAGUGCACCUUUCUUCUAUAUAGGAGCACAUGCAUAGUAAGGUACGUCAUUUAGCCAACUGCUUUUAGACUGUUAGUUAUCAAAACGUAGCAUAGAACUGAGAUAGUUGCCUAUGAUAGUAUAUAAGAGAUCUGAACGUAGUAAGGCAGUGUUUAGGUUAACAGAAACGUAUCAUGACCAUGUUGCAAGUAGCAUUUCAUUUAGAAUUUCUACUGCAGUACCUUAAAACGUCACUAUGGGGCGCCCCACACCCAAACUCCAUUUAGUCAACACCUAGCCUGAUACCCACUACUACAGACAUCAUCUUCUUGAGUUACACUAUCCACAUUACAAUAUGUUUUUAUUUCCUUGUAUGUGGACGGCUUUCGCCUUAGCACAUUCUGGCGACACUAUGUAAAUAAUAGUUAAUUAGUUGUAAGCGUAGUCUUUUUAACCUCUGUUCUGUGACUGUUUUUAUGGGCCAUGGGCCUGAAUCAAACAAAUAAACAAUAAACGUAUGUGUACCUGAGCCCCGAUGCAAUAUCAAUAAACAAUAACAAUAAACAAACACAACAUUAUUUACAACAGAUCGCGUCUCUGGGUUCAAUCGUUAUACACAACAGUCACAGCAAAAAGAUCAUUUAAACCACCUUACUUGUACUUGUAGUACUAUUUCUGCCCAUCAGGUUUUCAACAAUGUUCUAUCAAGAAGACUAUUUGUCUCCAGGUAGAUUUACCAACGGCCUACUAUAGAAUCAAAGUUGGCCAAGGAGUACUUUGUGCAUCUUAUGCUAUUUACUGUGUCAGAAACACACGUACAGGGGCCUGUACUUCAGGACAGUUCAUCUACAGAAAUCAGUUAUGAUUCAUUAGGGUUCAAAUUUUAUGAAAUGUAAAGUUAAUGUUUUAAACGCUUUUAACUAGUCAGAAUGCCUUGUAUUUCUUUUUAAUACUUUGCGCCCUCCUGGUAAAUGGACAAAGGGCUGUCCUAGGUUUAAGUGUGUACUAUAUAUGUAUUCAUCUUGUGUAGAAUAAAGAUGCUCUUUAACCAUGGACGAUAGGCCAUCAAGUUUUUGUC